UUUAUUUAAAGAUACUCAACAAUGAAGUUUUUAUUGGAGAAAUGCUCUUCAAAGAAAGUGAAGACAAGUCUUUAUAAAGUUAAAGAUAUUAACGAGAUCGACAAGAGAUCUUAUAAAACUCACCUAGAGAUGUUAAGAAACAAAUCCAGAAUAAAAAGAAAUCGUAAGGAAAAAAAGCUGAACAGUGAGAAUGUGCUAAGAGCCAAGAGGAUCGAGAGAAAGAAAUAAUAACAUGUUUAAGGACAAAUUAUUACUUGAUAAGGAGUACUUUUAGCCAGAAAGCGAUAGAGGCAACCAAGGGGAGAGCCCGAUUGUCAAACAAGCUAGUAGAAAAAGCAAAUGAUUCAUUAGAAGAGGAAAAAGGAGAGUUUGACCAUAUCUUUGUCCCUUUUCCUGAACAAAAUGGCAAAAUUACUCAUGCCAGGGGACGACUAAGUACUAAUGAGAUAAGUAUUCCUCCUCAGAGAAACGAUCCAGGAGAUGUGACACCAAACUCCCAUUCUCAAGAAGUCAGGCCAUCUCCUGAAGAGCCCAACUCAAUAAGACCCUCAGUAAGAUUGAACAAUGACAGACAUGUGAACGAUAGCAGCAGCAGGCUAUUUGAAGAUUUCAGUGAUUUGAAUUUUGCCCAAAUUACAAAUCAUUUCGAUUCUUUCACCCAUAAUCAUUCUUUCUAAUCUUUCUUG